UUAGAUUCUAAAACAAUAUUUACUUGAAGUUUUAAUUGCAUCUUUCAUAAAAAUAAAAAUGACACGAUUUCACAACAGUGAUGUUAAUCUCAAAAGCAGUGUAUAUAACUUGGCUGGAGAAAAUUAUUUUGAACAAUUAUCCUCAUAUAACUCAAUGCGAUUUCAUAUACGUCGAGUUUUGUUAGCGAAAAGUGUUGUCGAUGCUAGAAAUAAGAAAUAUAUAAAUAAUAAGAAAAAAGAAUUAAAAACACAACUUCCAAGAAAAUUCAGUUUGGAUAAUUUUAUUGAUCAAUUGGCUUUUGAUACCAAACAUCAUCCUAUGGAUAUGCUCAGGAUGAAUUUAGAUAAAUAUUCUUCGCGUCACUCAGAAGACAAUUGUGAAACAUAUCCAUAUAACAUAAACGAUAUAGAUUAUUCACAAUUAGCAAUACAAACUGCUGAUACUGAAAGUAACAGUAAAAAUAAUUAUCAAAAUCGUUCAAUGUUAAAAUCUAAAAAAAUAGUAUCAGAUAGGAGUGAAAGUCGGCCUAAAACUGCUGGAAAUAAACACAUUAAAGAAUUGAAUUCGAAAAAACGUAUCAUUCAUAGAAAAUGCAGGUGUAAUGAGAAACCAAUUUACGUUACCUGUGGAAAAUCUUUUGAAUCACCUACAAAUCCUUAUCAUUCUGAUUCUGGUUCAAGCUCCAGUUCUAUAAUACAAGAAGAUCAUACUUCUUCUUCCUUAUCAAGUCCAGUGCAAAUGCAGAAAUUGAAGUAUGCAGAAAUUGAAGCAAAAGAGGAUGCAAGAUACGUUAAAUUUGCAUACGAGAUUACCAAAGAUAUUAUUAAAUGUGGUAUCUAUACUGAUAAGGAACUAAAUGAAAUAUUUAAAAAACAUUUACAACGACAUAGAACUACACUUGAUCUGAAUAAAAUGUUGAAAGAAAUAUAUCGAUUGAAAACUUUUUUAAAUGUGUCAGAAGAGUCUGAUGCAUCGGAUGAUGAUACAGAAUUUUCUAAUAUGGGUCAAAUACAGUUACAAGAAGUCAGACCACCAACCCCACCAAAGAUACUAGAUGAGAACAAAGUAAUAGGAAAGUUAUUAUCCUACCAAAAAUUAAUGGAAACUCAAUGCAACAAAGAACCAAGAUCAAAAAAGUCAGUAGUUUUGAUUGAUGCAAAUCCAGAACUUCUUAUAACAGAGCGUGACGUAAUUACAUCAUUAUUAGAAGUUGGCAUAGAUCCUAAACAAGCAGAAAAUAUUUGUAAAAGUUUGCAUCAUAAGAGUAUGGAAAGUGUUCUUGAUAAUAUGGUAGAAUUAAAAAUAAAUAGUAUUCCUAAUAAAUUAGAAACUCUUCCUGAUAAAUUAAACAAUGUAGAACUUCAGAAAGAAAAUACAUUUGGUCCAGAAAACACGUUUCUUGAAGAUUUGAAAUCAGGAACUAAAAAUCAUAUUUUAGAAAACGAGAACAAGAGCUCAACCACAGAUGAUCUUUCAUCAAAACAGGAUGAAACGAUUCAAACACCGCAAAGCCCAGUGACUCUGCACAAUGAUAAUUAUACAGAGCCCAAACAGAGCAGCUGAUAAUAUUUGUUACUCUGUAUAUAGUUAACAAAUAAGUUAAUGUUUUUGUGAUGUAAAAUAUAUUGAUAUUGUGUUAAUUGUAUAUACAUUAAUUAUAUUAGUGUAUGUAACAAGUAAUUAUAAAAUUAUAAAUAAAAUUUAUGCACAAGAAUGUGCUCGACAUUUUUGCGAUUACAUCAAGAAGAGAGCAUGCCAUUAAAUGUUGCGGAUGAAGUCAUUCAAACAGAAAUACAAAUAAAUGUUGGUUCAAGAAUGAAAAUAAACAAAAUAGAAGUACAAGCUACAGAAGUAUACAAAGAAAAGAAGAAAUAUAUAGAUGAAAAUAUGGAGGUUCCGAGUAUUCCUCCAACAGAUAUUCUCCCAUGUAAUCGUGGCAAAAUAGGUGAAAUCGCACAAUGCUAUAGAAAAAUAGCACAUGCUAUAGAAAAACCAAAAGAAAAAUUUGAUUAUGAAUAUCAAAUACCAAUAACUGAUUCAACACAAAAGUUUCUUCCGUCACAAAAAAUAAAAAAAAAUCCAAAAAAUCUUCGCAUAAGUAAUAUGACAAAGUCAACAGCUCAAACAAACAAAUUAAAGAAAGAUAAGAUUCCAAAGAAAUCUGGAUUUUCGAAAACUGUUGAUAAUAAGCCGAUCAAAAGUAUCUCUAUUAAACCAAAAAGAGAUGUACUGGAAAAAAAAGAUAAAGAAUUAAAAAAAUUAGUAGCAAUUCCUCGUAAGAAAAAAGAAAAAAUUAAUGAAUCGAUUCGAAAUAGUAGUAUAACAGAUCAAAUCGAUACAAUGAUACAUCAAGAAAGUAAAAAGGAACAAAAUGAAAUAGAAAUGAAUGUGUCCAAAUUAAAUGGAUAUGAAUCAACAGUUAACAAGGAAAUAAAAAUUUUUUUAAGUGGAACUGAUAAGAAUGACAAAAACAAUUAUAUCUUAA